UGCCACGUACUUUCCUCGUUUUGGCAAGAUCAGGUGCCACCGCCACAUUCUCAGUUGGCGAAAACAAUAAACUAAACUAAAAACUAAAUCUGAUCUUUUACGCUGCCGAUGGGAGCGUCUCAGUCUACAGAGCCCGCGGUUUCCGCCGAACAAAGGGAGGCAGAAUCCGUCGCAGCCUCCACCGGUGCUCUCCCUCUCCUCCACAAAGCCUUCUCCAACCUCUCCAAUCCCCAAACUAAUGCCGUCCCCUUCGAAAAUCUUCCGCAAUGCUUCGGUUUCGCACGCGAAGAUCGAACCUACUCCGGCAACAGCGUCCCGGCUUCGUUUCCGGUUUUGUUGGAUCACUUAGGUUCCUCAAUCGUCGAUCAAUUUUUCGUUCCCGGAAAAGGUGGAAUCGAUUGGCUUCAGUUCGUUAAUGGCUUCAAUAAGUGCUGUGCUAGGGUUUCUGCGGCUGUUUCACUCAACAUGCUUUUCAGAGUGUUUGCUGCAAUGGCUUUGAAAGCGAAUGUGCCUCUGCAUUUGGUGUUUGAGUCUGAGGAUGAUGAAUGCAAGAUUAAUGGUCACCUUCUUCCGAGUGAUGUGCUUCUUCUUCUUUACGUGUGUUGGGUUAUGUCUUGGGAUUGUAGAAAUUUGGGAAAUUCUGAAAGGAAAGGGAAUGUUAGGUUACCUGAUCUUAGCCAUUUGGUGUUGUCAGCGAUCACAUCUUGUGGCAAAGUUGAGGGUGGCUUCAAUGUGUGGGAUUGUGAUGUAUCAAGUUUGGGAGUUGAACUUCCUGCAGGGAAGUUUGUUACUUGGGUUAUGAGUACGGUGCCAUGUCUUCCAGAUUGCUUAAGGCAGUAUUUUCAUGCAAGAAUACAAAUGGCAGGGGAUCAAUUGGAAUAUUUGAUCACACAAAAAAGUACAGUAAAUGAUGAGAUUUCAAGAGUGUUUUUAUGCAGUGGAAGUGGAAUGGAUAAAAACCUUCUUUAUCGGUCAUCUACUCAUGGACGAGGCCUCAAUAGAUUUUGGUCUCAUGUAGAAGGUUACAAGGGUCCACUGCUAAUUUUGAUUGCCGCAAGUUCAGGAAAUGCUCGUGAGGGAAGUUCCACUGAUAGGAAGUGGGUUAUAGGUGCCCUAACAAGUCAAGGUCUUGAAAAUAAGGAUAUCUUCUAUGGAGCUUCUGGAUGUUUAUAUUCAAUAAGCCCUGUGUUUCAUGCAUUCCCACCCAGUGGUAAGGAAAAGAAUUUUGUUUAUAGCCACUUGCAUCCUACUGGUAGGGUGUACCAAGCGCAUCCAAAACCAGUGGGAGUUGCAUUUGGUGGAACUCCAGGAAAUGAGAGAAUAUUUAUUGAAGAAGAUUUUUCCAAAGUGACCAUUCGCCACCAUGCUAUUGACAAAACCUACUGUAGUGGUUCUCUCUUUCCGGAUCAAGGUUUCCUAGCCGUUGAAGCUGUGAUUUCAGAAGUGGAAGUCUGGGGACUUGGAGGGGAAGUAGCAAAGGAAGUGCAAAGCUCGUACAAAAGGAGAGAAGAACUCUUCAAUGAACAAAGACGAAAAGUUGACUUGAAAACAUUUGCGAAUUGGGAAGAUUCUCCAGAGAAAAUGAUGAUGGACAUGAUGUCAGAUCCAAAUGCUGUCCGAAGGGAAGACCGCUGAGUUGGACCAUGUGGUUUUGCAUCCCUUAGUACAAGAAUCCUCAGGCAGAAUCAUGGAAUGCCAUCUCGUUCGAUGCUGCUGUGGGUUAUUCAUUAUUUUGGAUUCUGAUCCUCAGGUCACAUGUAUAUAUUGUGCUUGUGUUGUAAUAAUUGUCUUUACAUGUACAAUGUUGGGUGGGGGUGUGUCAACAUAAUCCUUUAUAAAAUUGUGUAUUCUAUUAAAACAUAUCGCCAUAUCGGACAUGGAUGGGGGAACCUUGCAUCAGAAGAGUAUGAUGUGCGAGUCAAAUUUGGAAUAAGGCUGCACAGUGCCUCAGCCAGGAACCAUAGAGCUAAGUCUCUGUCUCGUGCAUAUAUAUCAUUUGAGUGGAAAACACAACUAAAAUAUAGUUAAACUGAUUCCGUAA